AUGACGCUGAAGGGUCCUGCGAGAAUUUGGUUCGGCCGACUGAUGCCUAACUCCUUCAGUACUUUCAAGGAGCUAAGCGCCCAGUUCACUUUGCACUUUAUUGGGGGGCAUAGUUAUAAGAAGUCUACUGCGUGCUUGAUGAGUAUCAAGCAGCGAAAGGACGAGACACUGAGAUCCUACAUAGCCUGCUUUAACAAGGAAGCACUCUCGAUUGAUGAAGCCAAUGACAAGAUACUUGUAGCAGCCUUCACAAAUGGGUUGCAAAAGGGUAAGUUUUUGUUUUCUUUAUACAAGAACGACCCAAAAACCAUGUCAGAUGUACUUUACAGGGCCACCAAGUACAUGAAUGUCGAAGAUACGCUACUGGCUUGA